GAAGACGGUUCACUCUAAAGUGAACUCAGAUCUGACGCUUGGAGGGGGUUACUUCUGCAAAGGUCGUCGGAACAGCCCUGCAUCUGCCCGCCAGACAACCGUCCACAUUUGCAGCGGAAGUCUUGCCAGCGCCUUGACGCAUAUCUGCACCGGCAAAUCAUCAUCGCAACGGAGCAGGGAGGCUUUUUGCCAUUCGGAGCGGCGCAUACCUAUUUUUGCGCGGUGCAAGCUCGCGAUCACGCACGCCGCACAUUCAGCACAGGAAGGUGAAAGGUAAAUUUGUCUCCUUCCACCGCAGUUACCUUUCGAAACGAGGGAUUAAUUACAACAAAGAAGGAUUGUUGUGUUGGCAGUGGAGUCAAGUGGCGCGCGCAAAAGCAUCACGUCCAGAGAAAGAUUAUAACCACAUGCUCACCUGAACAGCUGGCGCUAUCCUUGACGGCUCCUCUGCGAGCCGGCAUGUACACAUCAGAUUUAUCACAGAUAACAACUAGAAAAGUUAUAGCCUCUGCAACAGUCAGAAAGCAGACGGAGGCCGCGAGACCAGUGUGCCAAGGAUGAGUUGCAGCUCUCAAGAUCAACACGAGCAUCGCCACCAUCAUCCUGAGGAUAGCGAAGAAGCCACCGAAGAUAUUUGUACAGCUACCACAAAGUCUAUCGUCGACGCUGCGUGUGCACGCAUCACCGCCGCCAUUCCUGAGUACCCUUAUCUCCUGUCUGCGCCUGUCAAUGUCGAGCCCCGCUACCACUAUCCGACGCGUCAAGAGGCCGAAAGCUGGGCAAGGAACACACCCUUUUACUUACACGAGGAAGGACUCCAGUACAUGACGUAUGUGUACCGUGAGCCGGGGCAGAGCUGCUUUGUUGUGCGAUCACAUAUUGACGAGGAGCGGGAGCGACUACAGGCUGCACAGCAGCAUCAGCAGAAGUUGUUAAACAAUACGAGCAAAAAGGAAGUAAUUAAAAACGAAACGGCGACAACGCUGGGAAUGCCCGUUGCAGGUUCAGGAAAUAAGAAGAAGAUCUCAUUCAGUGCUUAUAAGAGCAAGCUUGCUGAGGGAAAGGUUAAUCAGAAACACAUGAGCCCAGAGAAAGAGAGGCCUGUUGUGCGGAUGAAUCCUCGCGAAGACGGGAGAAUGAACGGCGUAAAGACAGAGCACAAGAUUCAGAAGGAAGAGCAGCAAGGAUCUGGAUUGAAAAGGUCUCGCGAUGCAGAUCUUGAGAAACAUGCAGCCGAGAAAAUCCCCUCAAUGAAGAAGCCUCGCCUGUCAUCUCCGUCAAUCAAGCAAUCGCACUCUCCCUCACUACGACCGUCACCCAUCGACUACCCGAACGGAGCUCCACAUGGCUUGCCCGCAUUAUUGUCUCCUACAAAUCCUUUCGAAUAUGUGUUUGAGAAAUCUUCAACGCAGAAACAGAAUACUUCGAAUCGGUGGGAUCUACCAGACAUGCUCUCGCCCACAUUGCCACCUAAGAUUGAAGCACAGUUGCAAAAGGAGAAAGAACUGGGAAAACCAGACUCCCCAGUAUCAUCCCCAGCAAGCAAGACAACAAGAACUUCGGGAAGAUCUGCGACGAAUUCAGCCUCAAAAUCGAAAUCGUCGGGUCUCACGCCUCCGGAGAAAGCCAAGGGCGGGAUUUCAAAAGCCAGCAUGGAACAGUCCGAUAGCGAAACUGGUGAAGACGAAGUGUCAGAGAAGCCACCGACGCAACCAAAAAUGAUGGCGCGUUUGAAAUACAGCAAGAAAGUGGCAUGGCAAAUCCGUCAGCUGUUGCGCAUGUCGCCACGUCCAGAUCGUAAUAAAUUCCCCCUGGACGAGGAUUUUCUGCCAAAUACUGGCAAGGAACGCGCCACGGCAAGGUCAGUUAUGCUGCAGCGUGCAGGCGGAGAUAAUUUAGGGUCGAAAGCAACGAGUGACGCAAUGUCACCCAUCCAGCGGCCAAGGAGGGAUAUAUUGGCCAAGGAAAGGGAUCGGUUACAUCUUGGAGCAGUACAAGGGAAGGCAAAGACUCCAGAGAAGCUUCCAAAGUCUUUUGAUGACUCAGAACCGGUCUCAUCGAACAAACACACGGCAGCAGCGGCAUUGGAUCAAGAAAAGGAAAAGAACCCUCGAACGCCUAUAGCUUCUGGGGCUCCUUCUGGUUCGAUAAAAGAGUCUAUUGUAGUGACGCCACGCCAGAUUCACCUCAAAGCCUCCGCUAUGGCUCGUUCUGUGUCGCAAGAUACUUCUGUCCCCACCCCAGGUAGCAAACAGAAUCAUACCACUCCCGCUGCCUCGACAACCAGGUCCAAAGGCCCGACAUCAGCUCCUACACCGGCCCUCAGAGCCGCCGAGCUGAGGGCUUUGGCCGCGGAGUCUCAGCGCUUCAAUGCGCUUGGUCGCCAGCUCAAACACGAUAAUCAAGACCUGGCCUCCAAGCGUAAGGACAGAGAACAGCAGACUGAAGCAGAGCGCAAGCGCAUGGCCCUUCUUGGAAUCGAAUGCAUCCUCGCGUAUAUGCUGGCUUAUUCAAUUGGUGACGCCCGUCGCAAGCUAGAAGGUCGCGCCGCAGAGAUCGAGACUUCAUGGCGUACCCUCCUUCCCUUAUUCAGGCAUAUGCGCAGUUUUGUUGCACACUAUAAGCCUCUCGAUGGCCUACACAGUUACCUUGGGGUUGCGAUUAACGCACGCAUAUCAACCGUAGCCGCAGACAGACUCGCCCGUGCCGCCAACGCGCCGUUGGCUGCAGAUUCACCACAGUCAGCCAUCCUUGAGCCGGGGGGGAGUGCGGCAAACAACCCAACGAUGGAGAAUACUAAGAUAAUGGUCGAGGCAUUUCGCGCCAUGACGGAUUGCGCACGCGAGGCUGCAUCCAAGUUGCCCGUUGAGGAGAUUACACAUGGAUUCCCUGACACUUGGGCUAGUCGUGCAACUGAGCCCCGUGAUUCCACGCCAGAGACACUCCUCAGUGAGAAAAAGGCCGGAGAAGUACAACUCCGGGGCCGCUACUGGCUUCCCGUUAGUGUAGACACGAGUCCGCUGCAGGCAGUCCGCUUCGGUGCCCAACUGGUGAAGGAGUGGAUCAUGCUCGAGGAAUUGGGAUACGAGCCCCGAAUCCGGGUGGAAAAGAUGGUAAUGUGACUUGAAAACAAUUCUUUUCUUAGCAAGGGAGACAUCAAUGCUCGCUUUGCUCUUAUGUGUGAUUUUUUUCUUUUUUAUUUGAAUUGGCGAGGUGUUGGGGAAAGAAUUGGGGAUUAUGAAUACAUGCUUAAUGCACACAAGUACAGAAGUGCUUUGUACGUGUGAUGUGCCAUGUUUGAUUUUGUUGGACGCCUUGAGCAGUCGUGGAUGUGGUUUUUGUGAAACGGGACAAACGUAUCCAGUAUAUUGGAGUGGGAGAAUAGCACCAGCUGCGUCCCAAAUAGAGAACUCUAUAUCCCCUAACAAGUGUGACGGCCGUUGCUGUUUUAGCUCAGUGGAAACACAGGUAGAAGUGAGAAUCACAUGAACACAGUUCAGGAAGGGCUACGGUUCCC